AUGGCAACAGGAGGUGGUCCCUUUGAAGAAGGCAUGAAUGAUCAGGACUUGCCUAACUGGAGCAAUGAGAGCCUUGAUGACCGGCUGAACAACACGGACUGGGGAAGUCACCAGAAGAAAGCAAACAGAUCUUCAGAAAAAAACAAGAAAAAACUUGGUGGGGAAGCCGAAACAAGGCUUACUAAUGAUAUAUCUCCAGAAUCCUCACCUGGAAUGGGACGACGGAAGACCAGAACUCCUCAUAGUUUUCCUCAUGCUCGAUACAUGACUCAGAUGUCUGUUCCAGAGCAGGCUGAACUAGAAAGGCUUAAACAAAGAAUAAACUUCAGUGAUCUGGAUCAGAGAAGCAUUGGAAGUGAUUCUCAAGGCAGGGCAACAGCCGCUAACAACAAGCGUCAACUUAAUGAAAACAAAAAACCAUUCAACUUCCUGUCACUGCAGAUAAACACUAACAAAAGCAAAGAUCCUGCCUCAGGUUCCCAAAAAAAGGAAAGUGGGGUAUCAGUGCAAUGUAAAGAGUUGUUUGGAGCUGCUCUAAGCAAGGAUUUCUUGCAAAAUUGUCAUGUCUCUGCUCAAGAAGAUGGAAGGGGAGAACCAGCUAUGGAUAGUAGCCAGAUUGUGAGCAGACUAGUUCAAAUUCGCGACUAUAUUGCUAAGGCCAGCUCCAUGCGGGAUGAUCUUGUAGAGAAAAAUGAAAGAUCGGCCAAUGUUGAGCGUUUAUCACACCUUAUAGAUCACCUUAAAGAGCAGGAGAAAUCCUAUCUGAAAUUUUUGCAAAAGAUGCUUGCCAGAGAUCCUCGACAGGAAGCUAAAGAGGAGUUGGAGAGCUUGAAGAAGCAGCAUGAUUUAUUGAAAAGGAUGCUACAACAGCAGGAGCAAUUGAAGGCUCUUCAAGGAAGACAGGCAGCUCUUCUUGCUUUGCAGCAUAAAGCAGAGCAAGCAAUUGCUGUCAUGGAUGAUUCUGUUGUAACAGAGACUACAGGUAGUGUUUCAGGAGUAAGCCUUACAUCAGAACUGAAUGAAGAAUUGAAUGACUUAAUUCAGCGCUUUCACAACCAACUUCAUGAUUCUCAGACACAGUCUGUGCCAGACAAUAGAAGGCAAGCAGAAAGUCUUUCACUUACCAGAGAGAUUUCACAAAGCAGGAACUCUUCAAUGUCUGAACACCUGUCAGAUGAGAAGGCGCAGCUUUUUAACAAGAUGCGAAUGUUGCAGGGUAAAAAGCAAAAAAUGGACAAACUGUUAGGGGAACUUCAUACACUUCGUGACCAACAUCUAAAUAACUCCUCCUGUUCUCCUCAAAGGAGUAUUGAUCAAAGAAGUACAACUUCAGCUGCUUCUGGUCCUGCAGGCAUAGUAACUGUUGUCAAUGGUGAACCAAAUAGCCUGGCAUCUGCUCCCUAUCCUCCUGAUUCCCUGGUUUCUCAGAAUGAGAGUGAAGAGGAUGACAAUCUAAAUCCAACAGAAAAGCUGCAGAGGCUAAAUGAAGUUCGUAAGAGGCUGAAUGAGUUACGUGAGUUAGUUCACUACUAUGAGCAAACAUCUGAUAUGAUGACAGAUGCUGUGAACGAAAACACUAAGGAAGAGGAAGAAACAGAAGAAUCAGAAAGUGAUUCUGAACAUGAAGAUCCGCAGCCUGUUACAAAUAUUAGAAAUCCUCAAGGAGUCAGUAGUUGGAGUGAAAUAAAUAGCAACUCAAAUGUACAGUGUGGAACUAAUAACAGAGAUGGAAGACAUCUUAAUACAGACUGUGAAAUAAAUAACCGAUCUGCUGCUAAUAUAAGGACUCUAAAAAUGUCUUCUACUUUAGACUGUCAUAAUAGGGAGGAUGACAAAGAUACUGAUCUACCCCAAGGUGAAGAUGAUGAAGUGGAAGAAGACAGAGUUAGUGAAGAUUCCAUAUCUAGUCACAGAAGCAGUCUGGGUGAUGCUGCUGGAGAUGCUGAGUUUGAGCAGAAGAUCAACAGGCUUAUAGCUGCAAAACAGAAACUUAGACAGUUACAAAAUCUUGCUGCUAUGGUGCAGGAUGAUGAUCCAGAACCUCAAGCAACAACUGCAAAUGCAUCUAAUAUUGGUGACUUGUUUUUGGGUGAGAUGGAAGAGACAAAGCAACAACCAAACAAUGUCCGAACUAGUACCAACAAGUUACAAAAAGAUGUAGGACUGAAUGAAAAAGCAAGAGAGAAGUUUUAUGAAGCUAAACUUCAGCAGCAGCAACGGGAGCUUAAGCAGUUACAAGAAGAAAGAAGAAAACUGAUUGAAAUUCAAGAAAAAAUUCAAGUGUUACAGAAAGCUUGUCCUGACCUUCAAUUGUCAGCUGGCCUGGGCAACUGCCCAGCAAAUAGGCAGACUUCACCAGCAACGUCAACUCCGGCCACGAAUGAGUGUAACACAGCUGGCAAGCCUUUACUUGAAUUUGAUGAAUCUGUACCAGUAGGCAAUGAGUUAUGGUCUGAGAUGAGAAGACAUGAGAUUUUAAGAGAAGAAUUGCGACAGAGAAGAAAGCAGCUUGAGGCUUUAAUGGCUGAACAUCAGAGGAGGAGAGAGCUCGCAGAAACAAUAUCUACUGUUGCUGCGUCUGUUAAAAGUGAAGGAUCAGAAGCUCAGCAUACUCCACAGCAGAGUAGGACUGAAAAGACAAUGGCUACCUGGAGAGGUUCUACCCAGUGUGCACUAGAUGAAGAGGAUGGAGAUGAAGAAGGUUAUCUCUCUGAUGGAGUUGGUCAGGCAGAAGAAGAGGAAGAAGAUGCGUCAAGUUUGAAUGACAGUUUCUCUAUUUAUCCCAAUAACAACAUACCAGAAAAUGCAUAUUUUGUUAAAGAAAACAAGGAUAGGUGGAAAAAUUGCCGUCCUCUUUCAGCAGAUGGGAAUUAUCGUCCAUUGUCUAAGGCCAGGCAACAGCAAAACUUAAGUAUGCGACGUCAGGAAAACCUUCGGUGGAUGUCCGAACUUUCAUAUGUGGAAGAAAAGGAACAAUGGCAAGAGCAGAUCAAUCAGUUGAAGAAGCAGCAUGAAUUUAGUGUCAGCAUUUGUCAAACUUUGAUGCAGGAUCAGCAGACCCUCUCUUGUCUUCUACAGACUUUGCUCACAGGCCCUUACAGUAUGAUGCCCAAUAAUGUUGCAUCUUCGCAAGUACAUCUUAUUAUGCAUCAGCUGAACCAGUGUUACACUCAACUUGCUUGGCAGCAGAAUAACGUCCAAAGGUUGAAACAAAUGUUAAAUGAUCUUAUGCGCCAGCAAGAACAACAACAGUGUCCAGAGAAGCCAUCAAGAAAGGAGAGUGCCAGUACUGCGCCACCACCUCCAUCUCCUAUUUUCUGUCCGUUCAGCUUUCCUCCACAACCUGUGAACCUGUUUAAUGUACCAGGAUUUACUAAUUUUUCUUCCUUUGCUCCAGGUAUUAACUAUAAUCCAGUGUUCCCUUCUGGUUUUGGAGAUUUUGCACACAAUACUUCCCCACACAGCAGUGAGCAGCAGCAGCAACAUCCUCUAGAUCAUAAUGCUUCUGGGAAAACUGAGUAUAUGGCAUUCCCCAAACCUUUUGAAAGCAGUUCCUCUAAUGGAGCAGAAAAACAAAGGAGUCAUAGACAACCUGAAGAGGAAAUGGAAAAAAGAUCAACUUGGCUUAAUGAUAGCCAGGAAGUGAAAAAAGAUGAUCAGUCUCAGCUGAAAGCAGCUUUUGCAGUUUCAGUGCAAAACAUUGCUUCCGGUCAUAAAAAUCAGUCUGAUAUGAGCAGGAGAAGAGAGUUUGAUGAAGAGUCUUUGGAGAGUUUUAGUAGCAUGCCUGAUCCAGUAGACCCAACUACUGUGACAAAGGCAUUUAAAUCUAGAAAAGCAUCAGCGCAAGCAAGCUUGGCAUCAAAAGAUAAAACACCCAAAUUGAAGAAUAAGAGGAAGAGUUCUUCUCAGCUAAAAGGCAGAAAUAAAAAUAUUGGUUAUGAAAGUGCCAGUGCUUCUAGUGUGUGUGAACCCUGCAAGAGCAAUAAAAGCAGACACUCCGAAGAGGUUGUUCAUGCAAAGGUGUUCAGCAAAAGGAAUCGGGAACAAUUGGAAAAAAUAAUUAAAUACAGUAGAUCUACAGAAAUGUCUUCAGAAACUGGUAGUGAUCUUUCUAUGUUUGAAGCUUUGCGAGACACAAUUUAUUCUGAAGUGGCAACUCUUAUUUCUCAAAAUGAGUCUCGUCCUCACUUUCUUAUUGAACUUUUCCAUGAGCUUCAGCUGCUAAAUACAGAUUACCUAAGGCAAAGGGCUCUAUAUGCUUUACAGGAUAUAGUGACCAGACAUUUAUCUGAGAACAACGAAAAACAGAAGUGCACAAAAUCACCGAAUUCUGCAACAUGGAUGGCAUCAAAUUCUGAACUUACUCCUAGUGAAAGCCUUGCUUCUACAGAUGAUGAAACUUUUGGCAAGAACUUUUCUACAGAAGCAUGUCAAGAUUGUGAACAAAAUGAUGCAGACAAUGGGAGUACUAUGUCUACAUCUUCAAAUUUUGAACCCUUUGCCACUGAUGACCUUGGCAACACAGUGAUUCACUUAGAUCAAGCUUUGGCUAGGAUGAGGGAAUAUGAGCGUAUGAAAAUUGAAGCUGAAAGUACCCUUGACUCUGAGGGAUGCUCUAGUAAUUUUCAGGGUGCUUCUGCUGCUAAAUUAGAAGGUCCAAGUACUAGUGAAUGUCUUCCUGUGCCACAGUCAAAUGAAGUUUCUGCUGUUCCAUGUCCUCGUAUAGAUACUCAGCAGCUUGACCGGCAGAUUAAAGCAAUUAUGAAAGAGGUCAUUCCUUUUCUGAAGGAACACAUGGAUGAAGUAUGCUCUUCUCAAUUACUGACAUCAGUAAGACGUAUGGUCUUGACUCUUACACAACAAAACGAUGAAAGUAAAGAAUUUGUGAAGUUCUUUCACAAGCAGCUUGGCAGUAUACUUCAGGAUUCACUGGCGAAAUUUGCUGGUAGAAAAUUAAAAGAUUGUGGGGAGGAUCUUCUUGUGGAGAUCUCUGAAGUGUUAUUUAAUGAAUUAGCCUUUUUUAAACUCAUGCAAGACUUGGACAACAACAGUAUUUCUGUAAAGCAGAGAUGUAAAAGAAAAAUAGAAACUACUGAAGUGAUACAGUCUUAUGCUAAAGAGGCAAAAAAGGGUCUCCAGGUGGAUGUUUGUUCAUCUGCUGAAGAUGUCGAUGAGGACAAAGACAAGGAUGAGACUGAAACUAUUAAACAAGUACAGGACCUGGAAAUAUAUGAUGGUAAUGGAGUGCCUGAAAGCAUUAGGUCUGAUGCAUCUGAUCAAGAGGAAGAUGAGGAAAGUGAAAGUGGUCCAGUGGCAAUAAGUUUAUCAAAAGCAGAAACCCAAGCUCUGACUAACUAUGGCAGUGGAGAAGAUGAGAAUGAAGAUGAAGAAAUAGAAUUUGAGGAAGGACCUGUUGAUGUGCAGACAUCACUACAAGCCAGCAGUGAAACAACUACUGAAAAUGAACAGACUUCAAACCAAGAACUGAGUAAGGCAAAAAGCAGUGAGAUUUUGUCAUCAGAACAAGAAUCUGUUAAAGGUGAACAAGAUGUGGCUAUGAUUUUGCCUCAUUACCUCAAUGUCAUGGAGAAUACAGCACCUUUAACAGUCAAUACCCCCGAAUCCUUUAUAACAGCCAAUAUGAAAACAGAAGAAUCAAGCUCAUCUUUACCAGUAAAUGAAACUCAAACACUAGAUACAACGUGUGUAGGAAACAAAUCUGCUGCAAGUUCUGAAAGCUCCAUGGCUGGCAGCCCCGAUACGGAGUCACCAGUGUUAGUGAAUGAAUAUGAAGCCGGUUCUGGAAAUGUAAGUCAAAAAUCUGAUGAAGAUGACUUUGUGAAAGUUGAAGACUUGCCCCUUAAACUUGCAGUAUAUUCAGAGGCAGAUUUAAUGAAGAAAAUGGCAACAGAGGCCCAAACCAACCAUUUGUCUGAUGAAUUACUGGAUGGAGGUGGAGCUCAAGAUCAAGAAUUAGCAGGAGAUGCCCAGACUUUGAAAGAACCUGAAACUUUUGGAGCUCAAAGUGCAUGAGAAUAACCUGAAGAUAUCUGCAUUUAUAAACUCCAUGUAUACAAAUGCAUAUGGAAGAUCAGCACUAAUUUCCCAGAAUUCUGGAAGUGUAUAAAAAUGUAAAAUUUUUGACACACUGCCUCUUAGGAUAGGUAUGCUAACUUCUGCCUGUGGCAGUUUGAACAGCUGGAACUGAAUCCUCUUCUAUUCAGUUUUGCUGCACUGUAUUUUUUCUGUCUUAAUCUUUUCUUAUUUUUUAUUGUGACUCGUUUAGUCAUUUUAAAAUUGUAGUUUUAAAUAAAGUUUGGACUUGUCUGU